AUGCAAAGAAGGUCUUGGCAGCAUGGGAGAAAAAACAAUCUGAUCCGAACACCCACAUUCGCGCUGUGCCAAUACUCCAAGCUGACCACUGGGAUUACCUCAUCCAUUGCUACAUACCCAAAGACGAGCGGCUUCCAUAUCCCCGACGACAACUUUUCGACCCCUAUAACAACGUCUUCACACCGAUCAGCCCUGUUGAUGAGGACAUCGACCCUAGAGAGGGGGUAA